CCCCCAUUCACUCCCUCAUGCUCUCACUCUCUCACUCUCCCCUCUCACUCGACAUCUCUCUUUCUCUCUUCUUCUCCAAACCCAUUGUUCUUCUUUUGAUACAACAAUAAAUAACACCACCAUCACCAUGCCUCCUCUUCCCUCUCACGCCAGCAACCACCGCGCCCUCCUCACGCGAGCCCGCAGCCAACCACCGCCCCCACCGCGAGCCAAAACGCCACCACCACGCGUUUUUCUCCUCUGGUUCCUCAACCACGACCAGCACCAGUACCACCGUGAGUCCCUCUCCUCCAUGGCUGCAACAACCACGAGCUCCAGCCACCACAGACACCUUUCAACUCCGAUCUCCGGCGAACCACUGAGUUUUUGGAGAAACCAACCACACCAUGGAACUCCCCUCGACGUGCGCUGCAAAACCCCUAAAGAAAUUUCUGAUUCCGACAACCUUCGCCGGAAACCGCCGCCAGCCACCGUGAACCACCGUCUUCUCCGGCCAACCUUCGCCGGAGGACUUACUGAGUUCAGAACCGUGAAGCUCUUUCCCUCCUCUGGACGAAUUGAUGGUCAAUUUUUGUUUUAUUGGUCUCCAGAGGAAGGGGAAGCUACUGCCAGAGAUGAAAGAUGAGUUCAACUCAACCCCACAGCCUUAGAAAAUUGAGGUAGAAGGAGAAAGAACCCAAUGUGCUUAGUGUAUGUUUUUGUCAAAUGAUAGUCUUAGGCAAGGUUCUAAAUAUCGGUCGCGGUCGCGUUGCGGAUUUCGCGAUAACGGAUAUUACAGUUGCUGCGGUAUGUGUUGCGCCUGUUGCGGUGUGAAUGGUUCCCAGAUUUUCAUAAAUUAUGCUUAAAAUGCAUAAAAUAUGUGAAAAUAUAUAUAUUAUCAUAUAACCUAUAAUAUAGAUCAUAAUAGUAACUUCUAAACUAUACAAAAA